AUGAAAGGUACAAAGGAGGUAAAUAAUAGUAAUAAUAAUAAUAAUAGUAAUAGUAUAUUGUCAAUAGCUCCAAGAAAGAAGAAAAGAACAGAGGAACCUCCUCCUCCUACACAGGACAUCACCAUUAGACUCACUGAGAUGGCCAUCGCCACCACCAAGAAGAAGACACAGACAACCCCAAAGAAGAAGAGGCAAUCAUUAUUAUCAUCGGCAGCAGCAGAGGCAAAAGCAGCGGCAGCAGAAGCAGCAACAAAGGAGAGGCUAAUAUGUUGCAAGUGCUUGACUGAAUAUGAUAGUCAACAUUCUAUAAAGUUGAAGGAUAACCCAUUGGUACGUUGCGAGAACUGCCAGAGAUGGUGCCACAUUCAACGGUGUGGCUCGAGAGACAGAGCCUCCAAAUCGUUCUUCUGUUCGCACUGUCAGCGCUUGAAGAACCUCGCCGAGAAGGGCUCGCUCAGUCGCCAGCUCCGAGAGUUGACCAUCAGCUCCAAGAAGUCACUGGAGGCAAGGCUCAAGACCAAGCUCGUUGAGAAGCCCCCAGGCUUUGAUGACGACGACGACGACGACGGCAGGCCCAUCUAUCGCCAGCCUGGCAAGGAGGAUGGGGACUACAUCCCGCGCUCCUCAGACGACCCCGUUGACACCUAUCUCACCGAGUCAGACUUCACAUAUGCAAUGGCAACUAAACUAUCGCCGACAUACCCAGCCAAACGACAGGAUGGGGACCCAACAUUUGAGCACUUGAACCAGUUUAUCGGCUUGGACAAAGAGAGUAGCGAGCAGGUGAUAAGGUCUCGAUAUCACGCAUUCAUUCAGUACACAGAGUCCGAGUCGUUGAAGGCACUGGACAACUACACGGUCAACUCAAACAUGCCCAAGAUGAAGGAGAUUGUCAACUUUAUCGAAAAGGCCUAUCCGCCCCAGACCGUGCUGGAGACGCGCAUGCACCUGGCGAAGCGGACACCAAUCAAUCUGCAGACGAUGCAGCCCAGCAUGCCCACCGUGCUCCUGUACACUGGCACGUCUAUCCCAAACAUCGUCCACAUGUUCCAAUUGGUCGGCCUGGGGCUGGCCGGGCGCAAAGAGAACAGCAUGCAGACUUUGCUGCCGCUGGACCCAAGCUACUCGCUGCCACCCAUCGCCACAUUGAGCAGCGAGCACUGUUCCUCAUUGCGAUCGGCGAUCACAGCCAUUUGCCAACAGUACAUUCAGUCGUCGACCAAGUACGCUCGCGAUCUGGACGCCAGCUCGGCACAGGACAGCGUACUACAGAGUGAAUCACAACUGGAGGAGUCUGACGUCAUUGACCAGAGUGUCGAGGGCACACAGAACACGCAGCCAACCCAGACGACGGGCGGAGGCAAGGCGGCACCAAAGGGUACUCGAACCACCAGCAUCGCAGAGAUUGAGAGGUGGUACAUGCACACACAUCACCUCCCAUUGAUGCAGCGAACGAUCGAUGCGUUCGUCAAGAAGACACCACCAGGCGAGCUGACCACUGACAAGCUCGACAGCCUGACCGUGUCCAGGGUGACGCCCAUGGUCAUCAUCGAGAACUUUGAAGCAUGGGACGCAUCAAUCAUUCAAGAUCUAUUAUACUUACUACACUCAUAUAGAAGCACUGUACCAUUCGCAGUCAUAUUGUCAGUGUCAACCACAUCGGAUACAGUUCACACGAUGCUCACUCAUUCGAUCACUUCUCUGCUCUCGAUCAGAUCGAUCGCGCUACACUCACAGAACUACUUGUUUGAACGAUUUGUCCACGACACGUUUGUGGAGGACGGACUGAUAUCGUUUGGACCCAAGGUGUACCGCACGCUCUAUGAGAGCUUCAAGAACAGUCACCUGUCCAUGGAGGUGCUACAGCGCCAGUUCCGGUACGCCAUCAAACUGCACUUCUUCUACAACAACCUCAGCUUCCUCUGCACGGACAACCUGCAGCUGGCCGACCACGAGUUUGGCUCCUACAUUCUCAAUAGCCAUCGCAGAGCCAACUUGGUGUACGGCGGUGCCAUUAGCGAGGGCGACAUGCCAGAUGUAAAGAUAGUUGGCAAGCCCAGCCCAUUCAUAUCGAAGGACAUUGACAAUGACAAUGUGGACGAGGAGCUCAGCGAAGUCGAGGACAAGUGUUCCGAGGCGAGUCCAGACUGGGAGAACGCAGAGAUCCUCAAAAAUUCGAGCUAUGUGUCCAGCGAUGACACCGACGCAUCACUCAACUCAGAUGGAACAGAGUCAGAGGACGACGAUCAGUUCAAUCUAAGCAUCAGCUUCUACGACCGCCUGACCGUCACUGAGGCCAUGCGACCACCAAUAAGCGAUCACGAGGUACCCGCCAGCGACUACCGGUUGGACAAUCUGCAGACCGAUCACAUCGUCGCCAUCAAGAACGUUGCGUCCGUGCAGAACUUUAUUGCGACCAUGGUGCCAAAGAAGGAAAGGGCGUGGCUGGACAACAACAUUCACAUGCGUGAUGUUAUACUCUCAAUGAUGUACAACUUCUUUGGAUUCCGGUUCAUCCGCUCAACAAUCCUACGUUCCUAUCACGCCAUCCUCCAGCUGGUCUUCCCCAGCAUCCAAUUCAGCGAGAUACUCUACAAAGUGGCCAUCGAGGAUUACAACCAGUUUGCAUACCUCAAGCAAGAGUUGAAGAAGGAGGAUAUGAUCAAUGGAAUUGUAAAUGUUGUACAGGGUUGGAUAGAGAGACUUACAUUGUUGACAGACUUGUCAAACUAUCCACAACGAUUCCGUCGUCUGGAUGAUCACAUUCCAGCCAACCAGAAGUCUAAGCCUCAUGCCAAGAUCAACACCUACUUAAAGACAUGUCGCGACAUCAUCCAUAAAUUCAAGAACCCAGGUUCGGACGAUGAGGAGUCUGCUGCCAGGAUCAAACAUUCAAACAAGUCUAAACAAAUGAUGGAGGACUUGAAGAGAGCGAGACAAAAGAAGAAUCCAUAUGAUGGAGCGCAGAUAUUGCUACUUGACCUGUUGGAUAAGUUCAUGUUUGACUUUAUCGCAUUCGAUAUGGCCAAGCUUCCAAUCAACGAGAUAUUCUAUUGCAAUGAAGGAGAUAUGGUACAUCAGAAGUACAACAUCAGAUUCACGAUGGACAUUAGACGAGAGAUGUUGCGCUCAUCAGAGAUACUCAAAUGUGUCGACCAACAAUGCUGUGGUCUCAAACAAAACAAUCAACAAUCAGCCACCAACGAGGAUAUCACCAUCAUGUUCUCAUUAUACUCUGAGUUUGGUAGAUUCAUCAAUCUACACGAUUGGCUCACAUCAUUCUGCAUGUUAUUCAAUGGAACUGGAGAGCAUUCUCCAGAGCUACAGGCAAGGUUCGCUUCGUCAUUGGACAUUCUUCAAUUCCUUGGCUUGAUACAGAGGACCAACAGACGAACUGAUCAUGUCAUUAAAGUGCACUGCUACUGA